AUGCCCCUGAACUCCAAAGCCGUCUAUUCCCGCCUCAACCCCGACCUGGUCCCUUUCGCAAGUCGGAGGAGCACAGUGCACAGUACCAAGGGCAUUGUCACCUGCACUCAGCCACUAGCGGCAGCCGCGGGCCAAAGGAUUCUGAAUGAGGGAGGCAAUGCUGCUGUGCCGGCCGCAUUGAAUAUCACCGAACCCUCGUCGACAGGUAUCGGUGGGGACAUGUUCUGUCUAUUCUACGAUGCUAAAACGAAGAAGGUUCAUUCUUUGAACGGCUCCGGCCGGUAUCCUGCCGGCGCAACGCUUGAGAAGGUCCGGAAGGAUCUGAACAUUGGCCCUGAUGAGUCUGGGAAAAUCCCUAUGACCAGUGUCUUUGCUGUGAGCACGCCCGGUGCUGCGGCAGGGUGGGUUGAUACGGUAGAGAAGUUUGGUAGUGGCAAAUUGUCUCUGGAGCAGAUUUUGCUUCCAGCCAUAGAACUUGGCGAGGAAGGCUUUCCUGUCUCCGAGCUAGCAUCCUUCUUCUGGCAUGAAAGCGAGCAUUUGAUCCGGAACGCAUCUCCCAACUACCAUGAGAUGCUGAAACCAGACCCUAAGGCGGAAAACGGUUUCAGGAGUCCUCUGCCUGGGGAGAUCCUUAGAAACCCAACGCUGGCUCAAACAUUCCGAGCACUUGCUGCGGAAGGCAAGAAAGGUUUCUAUGAGGGCCAGGUUGCAGAGGAGUUGGUCAAGGUUGUCCAGGAUCUUGGAGGCUACAUAACCUUGGAAGAUCUCAAGUACCACGCAGAAACGGGGAGUCAGGACACAGAAGCCAUCUCGCUCAAAUUCACCGGUCAAGGUAUUAUAGACAAACAGACCCCAGGAACAUCGGAUGAAGUCAACCAGGGAGUGGAGAUAUGGGAACAUCCGCCGAAUGGUCAAGGUAUCGUUGCCCUCAUGGCCCUGGGAAUCCUUGAGGAACUAGAACGCACCGGCAAGACCCCCAAAUUCACUGAAGCUCAGCACAACUCCGCCGAGUAUCUCCAUGCCGUCAUCGAAAGUCUCCGCAUUGCUUUUGCGGAUGGUUCCUGGUGGAUCGCAGACCCUGAUGUGGAGCAGGUGCCAAGCAAGGCUCUGAUAUCGCGAGAAUACCUGGCGGAGCGAGCAAAACUGUUCAACCCCGACAAGGCAUCUGAUAUCAUUGACCAUGGUAGCCCUGCUCACAACCACUGCGACACAGUCUACUUCGCUGUCACAGAUAAGGAAGGAAAUGGAAUAUCGUUUAUCAACAGCAACUACGGUGGAUUUGGCACAUCCAUCAUACCUAAGGGGUGUGGAUUCACGCUGCAGAAUCGGGGGGCCAACUUCUCGUUGACUCCCGGACAUCCGAACGUGUUGGCUCCACGCAAGCGACCCUAUCAUACCAUUAUCCCUGCAAUGAUCACUAAUGUUUCCGACGGUUCCUUGCAUUCGGUGUAUGGUGUCAUGGGAGGCUUUAUGCAACCCCAAGGCCAUGUCCAGGUUUUGCUCAAUAUGCUUGCAUUCAACUACCAUCCACAGGCAGCCCUCGACGCCCCUCGGGUCUGUAUCGCGGCUGGCAGUGACGAGAAAAUUGAUCGAACAGUCUAUGUCGAGGAAGGGAUCAGCGAUAAAGCUGUUGAGGGUCUCAAGGAGCUGGGCCAUCAAGUCAAGGUGCUGACUGAAUGGAAAAGGGGCAUGUUCGGUCGAGGACAGAUCAUUCGCUGUCAUUACGAUGAAGGACAAUUGAUCUACAGCGCAGGCAGUGACCCGAGAGGUGACGGAAUGGCAAUCCCGGUGGUGUGAAAUCGCACAAAGGCUACACCCUGAUACGUGCCUGAAGACUCUGAUUGGUCGAUUCUUAUACACACUACUUAUGGGCGCGCACAAUCAGAACGCAAGCACAUACGUUUAGGAAAGAAGAUUACAGAAUAUCCACUUAUCAAGAAGAAGGUCAUAAUCAUCAUUUGCAACAUACAGUCCAACGUUAAGAUACACAACAGUAUAACUGAAAGGGCUAAAAUGCAUGACAAGUAACCACGAAUGCCCCAACCGCUGAUGCAUCAAU